AUGGAUGACGAAAUCUUGGCGCCCUUGGAGGAAGUGAUAACGAUGGCAUCGCGAUCAAGUGCGAAUGAAAGGACAACCAACGAUAAGGCCUCGGUCGAUCUGGGACAUCACUCGGUCGCAUCUUUGAACUUGAGUAACGACACGGCUACGAGUACUACGAGCGACAGCCCAAGCGAGCGACCACCAGAACGAUUCCUCGAAGAUAAGUGGCAUUCACGCUGGAGAGAUGAUUUUCAGCGUGACUUCAAAGCGAUACAAGCAUUUCAAGAGUGGUAUGACUGGCGUGAGAAGAGUGUGGGGCGCAUUUGGCUGCGAAAGCUGCUUUGUUAUUUUACAUUUCAAUCUCCCCCCAAAAGACCUCAAAUCGAACAUCUGCAAGACUUAAUCCGACAGCUUUUCCUCCCGCGUGACCAAAUUCCAAUUCGGAUCUUUGACUUUUAUGAUUCGGAAGUGCAAGAGUCAUAUGAUACGCUACACAACGUAGAAAAAUGUGGGUAG